ACAGGCAAGAGGUAGAGGUCUGCACUACCAUACAUCCAUAAACCUCUCACCCUUAUCUUCCUAUCCUUUUCCGAAAUCCCGCCACCAGCACCACCGUCAUGUCGUGUUCUUCCUCCAUCAUAGGCGUCUCCUCCAUUUUCCCGAAAACGCCUUCUUCACUAGAGCAUAUCUCGAAGAAAACCACUACACCCUCAUCCCCUUUAGCUUUUCCGUUGUCUUCCGAUAAAAUCCACUUCACAUCCCUAUCCAGACUCAGACAUAACAGCGUCGGCGUCGGCGGAGGUGGUUCUACUUUCGUGACGUCGGCAAUUGCGGCGCGGAAUUCAGUUCUUAGUGAGGAGGCGUUUAAGGGUCUUGGUGUGUUCGAGGAAGGUUCUUCUUUGGAAGACGAUGGUGAUACAGAGUAUGACGAUGAGUCUGAAUUUGAAGCCUCCAUUGAUGAUGGUAAUGAUGACGAUGAUGAUGAACUUUCAGUUCGUAGACUGGGGUUGCCUCAAAGACUGGUUGAAACUCUUGUUAAGAGAGGAAUUACUAAGCUUUUCCCAAUUCAAAGAGCCGUUUUGGUUCCUGCAUUAGAAGGGAGAGAUAUUAUUGGUCGUGCAAAAACAGGAACAGGGAAGACUUUAGCCUUUGCAAUUCCUAUUAUCAAAAAACUCACCGAAGAGGAUGAACAAAACCGAAAUAGGAUUGUGGGACGAAUGCCAAGAGUUUUAGUUCUAGCACCUACAAGAGAAUUAGCAAAGCAAGUAGAAAACGAAAUCAAAGAAUCUGCACCUUAUUUACAAACAGUGUGUGUGUAUGGUGGUGUGUCUUACACAUUACAAAAAAACCAACUGAGUCGUGGGGUUGAUAUAGUGGUUGGGACACCCGGUCGACUCAUUGACCUGGUGAAUAGUAAUAUUUUGAAAUUAGGGGAAGUUCAGUUUUUGGUUCUUGAUGAAGCUGAUCAAAUGCUUGCGGUUGGUUUUGAGGAAGAUGUUGAAGUUAUUUUACAAAAACUUCCUUCACAAAGACAAAGCAUGCUUUUUUCAGCAACUAUGCCUGGUUGGGUUCAAAAACUCUCUAGGAAAUAUUUGAAGUCCCCCUUGACUAUUGAUUUGGUUGGUGAUCAAGAUGAGAAGCUAGCAGAAGGCAUCAAGCUCUAUGCUAUACAAUCUACCUCAACUUCAAAACGGUCAAUGCUUGGUGAUCUUGUCACUGUAUAUGCAAAGGGUGGGAAGACGAUUAUUUUCACUCAAACAAAAAGGGAUGCAGAUGAGGUGUCAUUAGGGUUGACUAGUAGUAUUGUUUCAGAGGCAUUACAUGGUGACAUAUCUCAACAUCAAAGGGAAAGAACACUGAAUGGAUUCAGACAAGGAAAGUUUACAGUGCUUGUUGCUACAGAUGUUGCUUCUCGUGGACUUGAUAUACCCAAUGUUGAUUUGGUUAUCCACUACGAACUACCGAACGAUCCGGAAACUUUUGUGCAUCGAUCAGGUAGAACUGGGCGCGCAGGAAAGGAAGGGAAGGCGAUUUUGAUGUACACAAAUAAUCAAAGGAGAACCGUUAGAUCUCUGGAGCAAGAUGUUGGAUGCAAAUUUGAAUAUAUAAGUCCGCCAGCUGUCGAAGAUCUAUUGGAUUCCUCAGUCAAACAAGUAAUCGCUACCCUUUCAUGUGUUCAUAACGACUCCAUAGAAUUCUUCACUCCAACUGCCCAAAAGUUAAUUGAUGAAAAGGGUACACGGGCUCUCGCUGCAGCCCUUGCACACAUGAGCGGUUUCUCCCAACCACCAUCUUCUCGUUCUUUAAUCACACAUGAAAAGGGAUGGAUGACGUUGCAAAUGACGCGGGAUUCUGAGUCGUCGUUGCAAGGGUACAUGUCUGCUAGAACGGUUACUGGAUUUUUGUCUAGUGUGUAUGCUACGGCUGCUGGCGCACUUGGAAAAAUUCAUGUGAUUGCAGAUAAAAAGGUUCAAGGUGCUGUUUUUGAUCUUCCCGAAGAGAUUGCUAAAAAUCUAUUAACUAAGGAGAUGCCACCUGGCACCACUAUUACAAAAAUUAACAAGUUGCCUGCAUUGGAAGACAAUGGUCCAGCGAGUGAUUUUUAUGGAAGGUUUUCAAACAGGGAGAGAAGUUCACGAGGUGGUGGAGGUUCAAGAAGGGAAGGUUCCGGUGGGUCCCGUGGUUGGGGUAAUAAUAGUCGAUUCUCAUCCGGUGGUGGAGGGGAUAACUUCCGGCAAGGCGGUAGGAGUGGCGGUAGAGGUGGUGGUGGUGGUGGUAGUUGGUCAAGCGGAGGAGGCUCUAGAACUGGUGGAGGGUCGAGGACAACCACCGGUGGAAGUGAUUGGUUGAUUGGUGAUAGACGAUCUUCAUCUUCAUCUUCACGCUCUCCAUCAUUUGGAAAUAGGGACAGAAAUCUUGCGGGUCCUUGUUUCCACUGUGGGAGGUCAGGGCACAGGGCAUCUGAAUGCCCUAAGAAGCAAGACUAUUAAUUAGUUGAUGCUCUUCUGUUCUUCAAGUGUUAACCAUCAUUGCUCCGGUGAAAAGGGGUGGAGGAGGCCACCAACUGCCGCCCAUGCUGGCAGUCGGUGUGCUUUGAAUCUUGGUCAAAAUAGGAAAAAGUGGAUAAACAUGUGCUUUCGAUGCAUGAUGCUACAGAAAUCUAAUGGCGAAAUCAGUAGAUUAUCUUUAUGUAGCAGCAGCUUUUUCCCAUGUGUUCCCCUUCGGAUUGUUGAUUUUUGUCUUAUUGAGUAAUUACGUUUAUGUAUCAAAGUGAUUUUCUUGAAUUCGUUAUUAAUCAAUGAGUGUUUCCUUCAA